UUGGGUACGGUGGCAGUCACACAAGACUGGGUCCGGGAUAUUGGUCAGCAGGCAGGGCAAAUCACACUGUCUGCAAACCACAGAGUUUCGUAGAGCGGUAAGCAUCAUCAAGCCACAACCAAGUCACUUCGAGGCUCUUUAAAAAAAAAAGAAGAAGAAGAAGAAGAAAAGAAAAACUUUUUGAUCUUCAGCAAUUUCAAUAUUUAUUUUCAAAGAGGUAAAAGAAGUGAUCUGGUCCCCCAACUUUGAGAAAAGACUACAUUGGAAGGAGGAAACGAUGGCUUCGGACAGCAUGUUUGAGUCAUUUCCUUCAUACCCACAGUGCUUCAUGAGAGAGUGUGUGCAUGGAAUGAAUCCUCCUAGAGACUUUCACGAUACAAGCACCAGCCGCCGCUUCACGCCACCCUCCACCACGCUGAGUCCGGGGAAGAUGAGUGAAACCUUGCCUCUGGCUGUCCAGGAAAACAGCGCCUCCCUGGUGGGAAAACUCAGAAGUACAGACCGCAGCAUGGUGGAGGUUUUAGCGGAUCACGCGGGAGAGUUGGUCCGUACAGACAGUCCUAACUUCCUCUGCUCCGUGUUACCCACGCACUGGAGAUGCAACAAAACGUUGCCGAUUGCUUUCAAGGUGGUUGCAUUGGGAGAUGUUCCUGAUGGGACUUUGGUUACUGUGAUGGCUGGAAAUGAUGAAAAUUACUCUGCUGAACUGAGAAAUGCAACAGCAGCAAUGAAAAACCAAGUUGCAAGGUUCAAUGACCUCAGAUUUGUGGGAAGAAGUGGAAGAGGGAAAAGUUUCACAUUGACCAUCACUGUCUUCACAAAUCCACCACAAGUAGCCACCUACCACAGAGCCAUCAAAAUUACUGUGGAUGGACCUCGGGAGCCUAGAAAUACAAAGCAAAUCCAGCCUUCUCCUCCUUGGUCCUAUGAUCAGUCGUACCAGUACUUGGGAUCUAUUGCUUCUCCUUCUGUACACCCAGCAACACCUAUUUCCCCUGGGCGAGCCAGUGGCAUGACAUCCCUCUCUGCAGAGCUUUCUAGCCGCCUUUCAACUGCUUCCGACCUGACGGCAUUCAGUGAUCCCCGGCAGUUCCCGACUCUCCCUUCCAUUUCUGAUGCUCGUAUGCAUUACCCAGGAGCAUUUACCUAUACCCCAACUCCAGUCACAUCAGGAAUAGGAAUUGGUAUGUCUGCCAUGACCACUGCCACAAGAUACCACACUUAUUUGCCCCCUCCCUACCCUGGUUCUUCUCAGGCUCAAGGCAGCCCCUUUCAGACAAGUUCACCAUCUUACCAUCUCUACUAUGGAACGUCAGCAGGGUCCUAUCAAUUCUCAAUGAUGUCUGGUGGAGACCGCUCACCUCCACGUAUCCUGCCUCCUUGCACUAAUGCUUCCACAGGAUCUACCCUCCUCAACCCCAACCUUCCCAACCAGAGUGAUGUGGUUGAAGCUGAAGGCAGUCACAGCAACUCGCCAACCAACAUGGGGACCACAGCAAGGCUGGAAGAAGCAGUGUGGCGGCCAUAUUGA